UCAACCCCUCUAGUUCCUUCCCCGCCUCGCCACCUUCCACGAUCUCGCGAGACUUGACCCAGAACAUUGCGGAUCGGGUCGGCGCCAUUUUGGGACUGAGACUGGUUGUGGGGGAGGGAAAAGCGGCAAAAGGGGAUUAUUCAAAGUACCGAAAACCUCCUCCCGGGAUCGAGCGCAGCGGCACCCCCAGGCCAGGGGCACCUCUGGUGUGGCAGAAGGUGAUUGAAUUACUCCUAUAUGAAGAUCAUCUUCUAGAUUUUGUGUAAAAGGCCCCGGAUAUUUGAAGUGGCCAUUUUGGGAUUACAAUGUUUUUGGAUAAUUUUGCCCCAGAAGUUUAUUAAAAGUGGCAAGAAUCAUCUCUGAAGUGAAUUUAUAGUAGUUGAACAAUUCUACAAGCUGCUUAAAGAGACCCAGGCAUUUUCUUCAGUAUUUUGGUUCAAACGGAUUCUAUAACUGGUUAAAUUAUUUCAGCUGGUGGUAUUUUUGCCUCUUCCCCCUACCCCCAUCCCUCUCCUUUAGUUGUUUUUCAGCCAAAACUGUAAGAUAUGUUUGAUUUGUGUACUGAAUAGUUUCGGCAGUUUGAGAUUACUGUUUAAAUAUUGCUGAAGUUUCUUGGCAGUUUAUUUUUACCUUUAUUAAAAAUUUUAGGAAUUUUUGACCUCAGCCCUUUUCGUGUCACAAUGGGACAGCUUUUCUAAAUGAAGACAUUGAAAGAAUACAGAGUUUUUUCCGUUUUAUCUUUUAUUUACGUGGAAAUUUAAGAUGUUGCAGUUUUCCAGCAGCAUGGUAGUAUUGAGAUAGCUAUGUGUCUCUAUAUGCUGAUGUUUAGGAAUGCUCUUCAGAUGUGAAAUUUUCUUUUUGUUUUUGCUUUUUUGCUCAUAAAUUGGAUAUUUCAUCUGGAGUGGAUAAGUACAACAGUGACCAGUACAUGGAAUAAGAAAGAAGACUUUAAAAUCUUAAAUCCAAGGAACUUGGCUAAUUCUGGAGAUAGCCAUAUGAAAACUUUAAAACAGAAGUAUGGGUAGCUGACUUGAAGUAACUCUAUGUCAAAUAGUCAUAGGUUGAGUAUCUUCAAAGAACUUGGAUAUUAUUUCAGAGGAUACAAAAUAAAAAAACAAACUGGAAAACAUAAAGAUUACAGAGAAAAACCCAACACCUUCCUGUGCAGUCCUGUUGGAAUUUGGACUUGCCAUGAGGUGUUGAAGCCUUGUUUCACUGAGUUGGAGAGACUGGACCUAAAUGGCGCAGCAUGACUUUGCUCCAGCCUGGCUUAAUUUUCCUACUCCACCAUCAUCAACAAAGUCGUCAAUAAAUUUUGAGAAGCAUUCUGAAAACUUUUCAUGGACAGAAAAUCGUUAUGAUGUGAAUCGUCGACGACACAACUCUUCAGAUGGCUUUGAUUCUGGUAUUGGACGUCCUAAUGGAGGUAAUUUUGGAAGGAAAGAAAAAAAUGGAUGGCGGAUGCAUGGAAGAAAUGGUACUGAAAACAUAAAUCAUCGAGGGGGAUACCAUGGUGGAAGUUCCCGUUCUCGUAGCAGUAUUUUCCAUUCUGGAAAAAGCCAAGGACUGCAUGAAAACAGCAUACCUGACAACGAAACAGGGCGGAAAGAAGACAAGAGAGAACGCAAACAGUUUGAGGCUGAGGAUUUUCCGUCUUUAAAUCCUGAAUAUGAGAGAGAACCAAAUCAGAAUAGAUCUUUAGCUGCAGGUGUAUGGGGCCUACACGCCCAGACACACACAUACCCAACCAAAAAAAUCUCCCAAGCUCCUCUCUUAGAAUAUCCUCCGAAUCCUAAAUCUAGAGCUCCAAGGAUGCUGGUCAUUAAGAAAGGUAAUACAAAAGACUUACAGCUAUCUGGAUUCCCAGUGGUAGGAAAUCUUCAGUCACAACCAGUUAAGAACGGGACUGGUCCAAGUGUUUAUAAAGGCUUAGUCCCUAAACCUGCUGCUCCACCUACAAAACCUGCACAAUGGAAAAGCCAAACUAAAGAAAAUAAAGUUGGGACUUCUUACCCUCAUGAGCCUACAUAUGGCGUUGGCAACUUCAAUGCUUUUAAAUCAGCUGCCAAGAAUUUUAGUCCAUCAACAACUUCAGUGAAAGAGUGUAAUCGCUCAAAUUCCUCUUCACCUGUUGACAAACUUAAUCAGCAGCCUCGUCUAACCAAACUGACACGUAUGCGCACUGAUAAGAAGAGUGAAUUUUUGAAAGCAUUGAAAAGGGACAGAGUAGAAGAGGAGCAUGAAGAUGAAAGUCAUGCUGGCUCAGAGAAGGAUGAUGAUUCAUUUAAUUUGCAUAACAGCAAUAGUACUCACCAAGAAAGGGACAUAAAUCGAAACUUUGAUGAAAAUGAAAUUCCACAGGAGAAUGGCAAUGCCUCUGUAAUUUCCCAGCAGAUCAUUCGGUCUUCUACCUUUCCACAAACUGAUGUUCUUUCCAGUUCACUUGAGGCAGAACACAGAUUGUUAAAGGAGAUGGGCUGGCAAGAAGACAGUGAGAAUGAUGAAACAUGUGCUCCCUUAACUGAGGAUGAAAUGAGAGAAUUCCAAGUUAUUAGUGAACAGUUACAGAAGAAUGGUCUGAGGAAAAAUGGUAUUUUGAAAAAUGGCCUGAUCUGUGACUUCAAGUUUGGACCCUGGAAAAACAGCACUUUCAAACCCACUAUUGAGAAUGAUGACACAGAGACAAGUAGCAGUGACACAUCAGAUGAUGAUGAUGUGUGAAGGAUUUCCUAACAGCUUUAGAAAUUUUAGUGUGAUACAUCUCUCAUACAGUUUGGGGUGAAUUGUAAAAAUGAAGAACUAUAAUUUAUGUAGUAAAGUACCCCAUUAGAAGAUGAUUUUUUUGAGGGACUUCACUAUGAAGAAAACCAAGAAUGUUGUGUUGGGCUGUGUUGAACAUUAUUUCUUUGUAAAUGAAUGUUGUAGAAAUGAGGACUUUGGUUGAUCCAACAUUGACUUUCUUCAUCACUGCAGCAUUUCUCUGACUAGCAAUGUGACGAUGUAACAAAUGAGAUUUUCUCAUUUAAUAAUAAAAAAUUGUGUAAUGUUUUGCAAAGCUUCUGUCUUAAAAUGUCCAGGUCUUAAGAAAAAAGGCAGCUUACACUGUUUUGCUUGCAGAGUCAUAUCUCUUUCGUACAAUGGAAAUCCUCAAGUCCACUUUGUGCCCCCCCCACCCCCAAAAGGACAAUGUAGCAUGUUGGCUAAAACUGGAGCAAAGUGCACUAAAACAUUAAUUUCCUGAACUCAAGUGUUGUACUAGUCACCUUUUAAAAACAUAAAUUGCUCUUUAGCCAUGUGUAGUUCGGUAAACGUUACAGGAAAGACUUUUGACACACUUUCUUCCAAAUUUUAAGAGGUGAUUUUCAAGAACUUUAUUUGGGUAUGUUUUCAGACUAGGACUUUCAGAGAUGAUGGAAGAGUCUUGUGGGAAUACUUAUUUUGAUAAAUUAUUACACAUGCAGAAAAACUGAUCACACUGACUGGAUCUGUCCACACAUGGAAAAUAAACUGGAUUUUCAGAA